AUGCCCCAGGAUGGAAACCUCUUCGCCCAGCAGAGCUUGGAGGGAGGAAGCGAGUCUGACUCGCGCAGCCUAGUGCUGCCCCCUGGUGGCGGUGGCCGGGAUGAACAGUUCACCAGGACCCCUAGGGUGCAGUCUCCAGUUCCAGUACAGUCCACAUGUCCAUACUGCGGAAACCACAUCAUCACGGCGAUCACUCCGGUCCCGGGUGUCCUCACCUGGCUUCUGUGCACUGGCAUCGUCCUGUCCGGGUGUUUCCUUGGCUGCUGCCUCAUCCCCUUCUAUGUGGACAGCUUGAUGGACGUGCUACAUCUGUGCCCUGUGUGCCAGCAAGAACUCUUCCGCUACAAACGCCUGUGA